AAUGAGAAGUACUCCAGAUAAUUUUUAUCGAACGCCAUGUGGAACGAUUUUUUUCCUACGAGUCUACCGGCUUGCUCUAUCAAAGAUCUCGAUACGUCGUGAUAAAACAAAUAAACAUAUGCUUGUAUUUGGAGGGACUCGCGAUAGAACGAUUUAAUCGUGGCGCGACCACACGGUUUUUCCCCAACGAAUUCAAUCCGCCGCGCCGCGCCGCCGCCGCACCGUUCGAAUUCCGUGAGUGCGUGUGUAUGCGUGGCACGCAUCGUAGAACUCCUUCGUGACACGACCGUAAUAGCUUCCGGUCAGGCAUCCAGCGGUGCCCGUUUCCGGUUUCCCACCCUCCCUAUCACGUGUACGAAAAGGGGAAUGGGUUGAUUUUGCGUUGUCAGAUAUAAUCGCCGUCCAAAUAUAACGUCGCGUAAUAUUUCCGCGGCGUUUGCGACUUUGUCCUUUCGACUGGCGCGGAAUAUCGCGCCGAUGUCGGCGAGAAUGUACACGCGCUCGCCGUCGUGCAACGGGCCGUGCUAUACGGGCAGCGCGAUUGUCCGCGCCAUUAGAAUGUUUCGUUUCUGUUUUUUUUUCUUUUUUUAGUAAUCUUCUUUAUUAUCUUUUAUUAUACAAGAGCCCGGGAUUCUGCGAGGUAUCGUCGAGGAGUAUAACGGAAAUCUAGGAAACCGUAAUAACGAGCAGCGAUUCCAUUUCAUCUGCUAAGGCUACCGUUACCGAGCGUCCAGAACCUUCUUCUUUUUCUGCUCACGCACAUGCACACGGGUGCUAAUUAAUUAUCGAGGUGUCUUCUAAUUUCUCGAUGGUAUGCGCGAUAAUAAUAAGUUUAACAUGCAAACGUCUGUUUUACAUGUAACGGCGAGUCCGUCCCGUCAAAAUACGAGAUAUCUGUGUAAAAUGUAUAUUCUAGAAAAUCCUGUUUUUACAUGACACCCGUUGAGUAGUCGCUCUCAUUAACAGUCUUGCUAUUGUACGCGGGUGUAAUUCGACGACAGGUGUACAGAUACAGCCACGUAUACGGCGUCCCAUAAAAUACGUGCCUCGUUUGAACACUACCUUUUCGUCCCAGUUUUUUAGAUUUGUUUUUUUCUUUUCUUUUUAAAUUUCUGCUGUGCAUAAGUAACGACUGUAAAAUUCCACUUACUUAUGUCCGAAUAUAUAUCUAUUUGCAGUAAAAUUAUUUAUAGUAAGGAUAUUUUUUUUAAUACAUAUUUUGACUUUAAUGCAUAUUUCAUUAAAAUUAUUUUACUGAAAAAAUAUUAUGAAAGAAAAAAAAAUGUGUGAGAUUUUAUUUACAAAACUUUUGUAACGUAGUGAUUCGCGCAAUUGACUACGUAAUUUGUAGAAUAUUAAGUCUGCAUUUUUUUGCACGCACUUAGAUAGUUAUUACGCAUUCUCCAAAUAAUGCGGAUGCUCUCGUAAGCGCGAUCGACGCUGAACAACAGAAACGCGCCACACCUGUAACCGACGGAAUACGUUAAUGAAUUCUUCCUCACCUGACUAUAUCGGCCGCUCGACUCAUUUCCUGUUGACUGAAAGGACCCCCGGUACGUUUUAAAAUCGUCGAUACAAUUGCAUCCCGCGCAUCCGCUGUCGGGAUGUAAUCACGGGGACGCGAACAAAAACCCGUCAUUGUCGCUACGAAGAGAACAGUGUAUUGCCGAGUAUUGCAGAGAACAGUGAAAGUUAAAACAGUGAACGUCCAUCCGUUGUAGAUUUUUUUUUAGUGUAUAUAACAAUUUGUAAGAUAUUUUAAAAAGAAAGAACACGACAAUGCAAAAAAGAAUAAAAUCGGAAUAAUAAGUACGAUUUUUAUUAAUUCUCUCAUCGUGUUAUAACGGAAUAAAUAAAGGUUCUGUCUGAGCGAUUUUACUAAAAAUAGCACAAAUACAUGGUUCGGUGCAGUGAAGUGGAAGGAAGGAAGGAAGGAAGGAAGGAAGGAAGAAAGAAAGAAAGAAGAGGAGGCUUCGUGGAACCAGUACGAUGCAAGGUGCAACACGUGCUGCCCGACAGCUGUUUUCCGGUUUAAGUUUGGACGUUAAGCCCAUUUUUAAUUUUGCGCCCGGGCGCACCUCCAAAUAAUAAUAAUUAUAACGUGACACGGGGGUGAAUCCUCCCCGUCUGCCGCAAACUCGCGAGCCAUUCAUCGAAACGCGCGCGAUGUAUUCAUGUGCAUAAAGGUCGCAUUCCAGGGAACGCCAUAAGAGUCGCAGACAUCUUCUUCUGUAUUCCAUUGUUUAAGGAUAAUGUAUAGGAGCUCCGGACGGAACGCGAGAGAAUAAUGCGUCCUGAUCGGCAAAUUAUUUGCAGGUAGUCUGUUAUUUCUGUCCGAUGUAAGAAACGAGAGAGAAAAAGGCAGGAGGAAACGGUGGAAGCGGCAAAUUUUGUAUUAACCAUCUAGCCAUGGAGGACGAGGACUUUGGUUUCGCGAAGAGAACGGACAAUGUCCUGAAAAAAGUCUUCACCGUUAGCAAUGAACAAACGCACAAGAAUACAGUUCAUAACGUUGAGCAUCUAAUCUGUUCUCCACCCAAGACAUCGGAAGUCGUUGGUGGAGGUGGAUCAACGACACCAGCGCCUCUGAUCGUGGCCGGAAGCGAGGGCCCUGAACGCGCGUCAACCGCCGCUAGCUCAGUCGUGCCCAACACGCCGAACAUACCGAACGUGGUGGAGUACCAUCUUAAAAUCAAGCCUAGGUCAACGACAAAGUACUGCCGGCUCGAUAACGUUUCUGAUCAGCCUCCGAAAGAGAUGAAAAAGGAGAAGAGUCCGGUGUCUUCCGACGAUAAGAAGAAGGAACUUGUGUCGAAGCUGUCGCGCCUGUCUAUCGACAAUAACGUUUUUGAGGGCUCCACUGAUCUGCCGCAAGUAUUUCAGGUGAAAUAUUUGGGGUCCCAUGAUGCAAGAGGCCUCUGGGGCAUCAAACAUACGAGAAGGCCCGUCGAUAAUAUGGUCUCUGCCGCGAAGGCUUUGCCGACUAACACAAUGCUUCCUCUUAUCAAGCUGGUGGUCUCUAAGGAGGGUGUCGCCUUGCUGCCGCUAGACAAGAGGAAGCAGGAUGCCAAUUUAUCCAAGAUGUAUCCUAUCGAGACGAUCUCGUACGGAGUGCAGGAUCUCAUUUACACCAGGGUCUUUUCCAUGAUCGUCGUUCGCGAGACGGAGAACUUCAGAAGAAUCUCGCCGUUCGAAUGUCACGGUUUCGUCUGUGAGUCAAAGUACUAUGCGAGACAAUUGACAUACGCCCUUGCUGCAGCCUUCGAAAUUUACUCUAAGAACGUGAAGGCUCAGGAGAAGCUGACCGGAGUCAUUACCGGGACCAACACCGCCAGAAAGAGAUUCGCGAUCGAUCUGAGGAGCCCCGAGGAAAUCGAGGCGGAUCUUACGAUGGACUCCGAAGCGUAACUUUAAAAUCUAUUGUUAUUUACUGGUUUAAGAUGUAGAUAGAUAUAAAUUUUUAAUCGGAAGAAUUUAUGAGAGGGAGGAGAGAGGUUUAGGAGAGUUCUAAAUGAUUGAGAUAUAAAGAGUUUGAUAACGAUGUAAAUAAAGUUGACGUAUAUUUCAGAAAUCUAUUUUGAAAUAUAUGAUUUCAAGUAUAUUUACAUAAGGCGAUGUAAAAUAAUUAAAUUAUUAUAUACCUCAAAUAUAUAUAUAUAUUUUUUUUUUUUUUUUUGAAAAGGACAGUACAGGGUAAAAAAUAGUUUUAGGUUUCCAAAAAGGUAUCUUUCUUACGACAAAAAGAAGCAUUUAUAUCACUCAAGAGAUUUUUAAUUUUCCAAAUGUUUUAUAGUUUUUGCAAUGUUUAAAAUCAAAGUUAAAGAAAUAUAUAUAUAUAUAUAUAUAUAUAUAUUUUUAUGAUGAAAUGUAUAAUUAAUUCGAUAUAAAGAAAGAAAAUGAUAUUUCUUGUUUGCAAAUCGAUUAUUGGAAUAAUUUAAUAAAGAUAUUACUUACGAAUAAAUAAAAGAAUUAGAUAAGUUUAUGUAAAUAAUUGUAGAUAUAAUCGUAUUCAAUAUCGAGUGCAUAAUUAUUUUUAUAUCAUGUAAAAUAUUUCAUAUUAUAUUUCCGGAAAGAAACAAUUAUCGUUACAUGAAAUAUAUUUCAGUAUCUAGUUCCUUUUUAUUAUAAA